CCAGAAUGCAACGCGGGCAUUUUUUGCCAGGAAACCAAAAUAUUUUCAAUUUUCAACUUUUCAUCAAAUUACUCGCAAAGUGACGACAAAUAUACGUUAGCUUUGUAAUUUACAAAUCUACCUUCAAGUCUACCAUAGCAACAUCAAACUUGAAUAAUGAGAGCAGGUAGGCCACCAGGUACUGCCUCAGGGCGACCCCCAGGUACAGCUAGUCGUCUUACAUCUGGCAUGGCUAGGCCCGGAACAAAAGGAGGACAGCAAGCAGCAGGCAUGUCCCUAACCACCAACCUUCAAGUAUCAGAUAGGCCCAUAACUCAGCAAGGCCUUGGUGGCUUAAAAACUGGAGCAAAAGGACCUCACAGACAAGUGCAGGACAAAUCUUACUUUGUGGGACUACUCAGGAGCAAGACAACGGAGUUAACACAAGAAGUAGCGAGACUCAGCAAAGAUGUUGACGUCAAUUAUGAAGAAAGCUCAAGUUACUUGACGUAUGAAAAGCGUGCAGAAUCUCUGGCCAAUGAAAUCAAAGACCUACAGGCUGAACUGGGAGAUUAUAACACCCUAGUUGAUAAACUCAACACAGAUGAAGAUAUACAGGAUAUCCAAUUGGACCUCGCAGAUCUGAAAGCUUCAAAUGAAAAAGAGGCCAAAAAUUUAGAUGCUCUGUUUCUCCAGAAACAAGAGCGUGAGGGUCAGAUUCAUAAACUUGAGGUUGAGUUAGAACAAGAGAAAAGAAUGGCAGAUAAUCUAGUAGCAGAUAUGAAACCAGCAAUGAGGGACAAGUACCUACAAUUAAAAGACCUCAACGAACAUCUACUUAAACAGCUUGAGAAUGGACAGCAAGAAGUUGACCAGCUGGAUCUGAAGAAGGCAGAACUAGAGGAGGAGCUGUCCAUGUCAACAGUAAAGCAAGAGGCUGUGAGGUUAUAUGAGCAACUGAAUGAACUAGAGGUUAAAAGAGAUUCAAUCAUGGAGGAGCUUCAAUCUAGUGGGACGCCAGAAGAAGAGAGAGAACGCCUUCUGAAGCAAGUAAAGGAAGACAAUCAGGAGAUGUCAAGCAUGGACAGACAGUGCAAUGAGAUCCGAGAAAAGGUGAGCAAUCUCCAAGAAGAGAUCAGACAGCUUGAUAUGGACAUAGAAGAAAACCAAGGUGAAAGAAAUCAGAAGUACAAAGAACUUAAAAAGAGAGAAGAAACUAUGACAGAAUUCCUUGAGAGUUUUGAUCAGUCCAAGAACCAGGAGUUGGAGAGGAAGGGACAGCUACAGUUGAAUAUUGUGGCUCUACUGGAACAUAUGAGCAGGAAUAUGGCACGAGGCCAUAACCUUCCAACACCAAAAGAGCUGGCUACUAUGAAAGAUGACUUGGCAUUCAAGGCUACAGAAAUGAAGAAGUCUGAGGCCACUGCUGCUGGACUUGCAUCUGAGCAAGAGAAGCUUCAGUUGGACUUACAGAAGGUUGAACAGCUUGAAUCCAAGAUCACAAGUGAACUUGAGAUGAUGAAGAACAAAAUAGCCAACAUGGAGCAAGAGAUUGAGAUCUACUCAAACCUUGAUGGACUCAAAGAAGAGGCUGAUGUAAAAAGACAGAAACUAUCGGAGGACAAGGUGAUAUUACAGAAAAGGAGGGAGGUAUUUAAGAAGAUCAUGCAGCAGCUGACGUCACAAUAUGAGGCCCUCAAGUCGCAACUACAGGAAAAUGAAACAUAUGCACAGCUUGGUAACCUUGAGAAGAAAUGGCAGCACCAUGAACAGAACAACUUUGUCAUGAAAGAAUUCAUUGCUUCAAAGACGAUGGAAUCAGACUAUCGUCCAAUCACAAAGCGGGUUUCAGAGAUGAUCUCAGUUUAUAAUAAAUUCCUACAGGAUCUGGCUCUAAGGACCGGCGUUCCUAAUAUGUAAUAAAGAUGGACAGUAACAUAGACUAAAAUAUUGCUAUGGAAUGUGAAAUCCAAAAUAGACUUUAUAUUAUGUAAAAAACUAUUGUUAAAUUAUUGAUGCUGAAAUAGAUUACAGUGUUCUGCAGGACUUAAAUCUAUGUACCUUGGCUUUCAUUUAUUGAAGUGAGAUACAUAUUCAGAAUUAUGCUAUUUAAUGAUUUAUAUAUUCUGGUAUAGGCUAGCAUCACUAUCAAUGAUUUUUUGUGCUCUAACGGUCAUUAGUGAAAUGACCCAAUCUUCAAGGUAAUUAACUGUAAUAUAAUUGGUAUCGUUUGUUAAAUACUAUAUUCCCUGAAUGUGUUUCAGGGGUGGAUCAAGAAUUUUUUAACCAUAUUUUCAAAUAUUAAUCACACUUAUCCAUUUAUACCUACCUUUCAACAUACCCAGAUUCACAAGAUUAUACCUGGUAUUAAACAUUUAACAUUUCCAACUUGUCAAACAAACUAAAUUCCAGAUAGGAUCAAAUUCAUAAUAUUGCAUUGUUAAAGUUGUGUAUAUAUUUAUUUUAAAAAUGGAUGUAGAAUGUUCAGAUUGUAAAUGUGUAUUUUCCGUCCAAAAUAUAAAGAUUGUGGAAUUACCUAAUAUGUUAAUUUCUUAUUAUAUGGAUGACACAGUUGACGUGUUCAUUCUAGUAUUGCUACAAGACCCCCCCCCC